UGGUGAACUGGUCUUCACAGAUGAACUACUAACUUCCUGUUAGAUGGACUUGGAUCCCUCACCUGUCAUCUUACCUGUACCUGUCAAUCAUUAAUACUCAGGUCAUCCCGGAACAGCAGGACAAAGCUCGUGGAAAACUCUGCAACCGUUUUCAUUUUCCAUAAAGGAAGUCAAAGGUGAGCUCGGUGCUUUUCAGCCGGUCAGGAAUCAGGGAAAAGUUGCUUCUCUGCAUGUUUCCUGAAUAGGAAAUGGGAAAAGGGGCCAACUGCAGCUGGAUCGGGCCUGAGAUUCCCCUGUCGUCUCAGAUUUUCAGCGCCAUUAAAGAUGAGCUGUGGCUCUUCCUCAUCCCGGCCGGCCUUGCUCUCAUUUUACUGGGGGUGUUUCUGGAGGAGGUGGGCUUCUUCUUACGCCACAUUCCCUCAUCUAGACGGAAACGCCUGUACCUGUGGAUAUUAGGAAUGUACCCGGUGUUUGCUGUGACUUCGCUGAUAGCCCUGUACGUGCCCCGCUCCUCCUCACUGUGUAAUUUCAUCGCUUCGCUGUAUCACUCCUUCACGCUGCUGAAAUUCAUGGGACUGAUAACGGACUUCUUUGGGGGGAAGGCCUGUAUGCUGGCGGCUUUGUCGGGACAGCAGGUGUCUCCAGAUCCUUUCCCCUGCUGUUUCUGCUGCUGUCUCCCAAUGGUGGCCAUCAACAGCAGCAGCCGAGGCUGGAUGAUGGCUGCCGUGUUGCAGCUCUCUGUCGUCCGCAGCAUCUUGUUCUUCGUUACCCUGGUCCUCUGGACAGACGAGCAGUACGACUACGGUGAUGUGGAUUCAGUCAACCCCAACCUGUACGUCAACGCCAUCAUAGGUGUGUCAACCUUUGUGUCCUUUUACGGCCACCUUCUGUUUUACAAAGCCACCAAGAGUGCUCUACAUGGCUACGGACUGAGAGCCAAGUUCAUCUGCAUCAUCGCCGUGUUGGUGCUGUGUGGCCUGCAGAGUGGUAUCCUGGAGACACUGGGUGCUCUUGAAGUUAUCCCCUGCACACCUCCAUUAUCAGUGUUGACCAGGUCGCAAAUGAUCUACCACUACAGCGUGAUCGUGGAGAUGUUCUGCAUCGGUCUGUAUGCCCGCCACACUUUCCGUAAGGUGGAGCCCAACGUCGGGGCGGAUGCUGAGGGUGCUGUCUGUACCUGGAAGAUGGAAAAGGCUGUUCAAACAGAUGAUGUUCAGACCACACAUCACAAGCCAGAGGAAACUCGGCCCAGCCGCUGUCUCGUCAGCGUCUCCAACCCCGGCUACAGCAGCGAUAGCGAGGACAGCCUGUGCAGGAUAGAGCAUACACCGCUGGAGGGUUUCCACUUCCCCCAGACCAACAGUCAGCACCCAGGCAGACCAGAAGCAGCGCAGCAAGGGCCUACAGAUUUAACCCGCAUUACCGUCAGAGCUGACAUAAACUACCAGGACUCUAAGGAUGUGACUGUGGUUUGACCAGUGAAGGGUAGAGAUAUCACAUCAGGCAACGCUUCACUGCUGAGGACAUUAUUACUUUAUUCUGUCUGCAGAGCUGCACGUGAUUUAAAAAAAGGGGAAACCUGACACACUUCACAACAACAAGGCCAAAUCAGGUUAUUAUUCUCAUAGAAGACUGAAAGUAGUGGUGGAGAUAUCGAUCCAAAUAUCGAUAAGAUUGAUAUUGAUCUAUACUUUAGUUAUACUUUCUCUCAUAUAGCUACGUCCCAACAGACCCAGACCCCUGACCCAGAGACCCUUCAGUAAGGCAGACAAUAUAGGUAAAUAAAUAACGGGGGUGAAAGUAUGAUUUUAGUGCAUCUAGUUAUUUUUUUUUACCUAACUCCAAAAGUACAAAUUAUGCUAACAACUUUUACAUUUAUUCUAUUGAAAUGUGCUAUUUGAAUUAAUACAAUUACUGGAACUGAAGCAGAUUGAAUGGAUUUGACUGAGUAUACUCUCUAACCUAAGUUGUGUAAAAAUUUAUCAUUUGUUUUGUUACUGUUCAAUUGUUCCUAUUUAUUUUUACAAGUGUUGUCUUUAAUGAUUGCAUGGACAUCCUUCUAAACGAAGUAUGAUGUGGCUGUUCUUCAAUAAAAAACAUAUUCCAAAAGAGUCACCGAUGCAAAAACUAUGCAAAAAGAAGUCCUAACAUAAUCCAGAAGUGUUGA